GGCGAAAAGUCUGAGAUGUUGGAGUCGGUCUCUAUUUGUUGGUGUUUCGGCUCCACUGUGGGAAUCGGCCUCUCCUCUUCCUGCCCACGGAACAGUGAGUGUCUGUCAGCGCCUCACCGCACCGGCUCUCUGCCUCAGCGAACAUUCUGGCCUCAGAGACAGACAGGGACUAGUCCGAGUCUCCGCAGCGUCCGAUUUGAAUUGGAAUCGGCGAGUUUUUGAGGAGAGAGAAGCACAGAAAAAUGAAGCUGCCUGGAGCAGAAAGCAGGAUGUCUCCGCCCCGUCCGCUCGCUGCCUUUAAAUUGCUCCGUGCCGCCACCCUUCGCUUCAUUUCUCAUUCAGUUCUGAUUGUGAGAAGGAUUUAUCAGAGUCGCCGACAUGACCGAGACAGCACCCGCCGAAACGGCUCCUCCAGCCGCACCCGCCGCCGCAAAGAAGACUCCCAAGAAGAAGGCGGCUGCCCGGAGCAAACCAACCGGUCCCUCGCUGGGCGAACAGAUCGAUAAGAUCGUGGCGGGUUGUCACGAUAGGAAGGGUAUGUCCUACGCGGCCAUCAUGAAGGCUCUGGUUGACAGCAGUGUCGAUGUGGUGAAACGUCGCCCCCAGAUCAAGAUGAGCAUCAAGAGGAAAGUGGAAAGCGGCUCCUUGGUUCAGAUGAAGGGUUCUGGUCUUUCGGGAUCCUUUAAAUCCGGUAUAGGGAAAAGUGCCGUGAAGGUGGUGAAGAAAGCGAAGAAGCCAUCGGCAAAGAAAUCUCCAAACAAGAAAUCUCCCAGCAAGAAGCCUGGCGCCAAGAAACCAGCGGCUAAAAAAGCGGGAGGUAAGAAACCAGCGACUAAGAAAGCGGCAGCAAAUAAACCCGCGGCUAAGAAAGCGGCAGCUAAGAAACCCGCGGCUAAGAAAGCGGCGCCGAAGCCCAAGAGCCCCAAGAAAGCCGCAGCCCCGAAGACGAAGGCGGCCAAGAAGCCGAAGUCGAAAUCCGCGAAACCCAAGAAGACAGCAGUCAAAAAGUGAAUUGAGAAUCCACCAUUUGUGUGUAUCUGAACCCAACGGCUCUUCUCAGAGCCACCCACAUCUCAGAAAAGAGCUGAUUCAAAGUGUUGUGAUUCCCGUCCCGGGUCUGACUGAGCUUUCCGGGGGAACUUCUCACAUAGAACCGGAGAUUGACGGUACCUGACAUAUGGUGCGGCCGUGCCGAAUCAGUGUCUGAAAUGAGACACGGAUGCCCGAGCUGAGAUUGGGAGAUAUGGGAUGUGGGCAGUUUUUGGCCCAAUUCCUUCUCCGAUGCCGGGAGAGAGUGACUGAGACAUUGACAGCGGAGAUUCAGCUGAGUUGAUUGGGAACUGCUGAAACCUACGCGAGAGGGGAGGGGGCGUGUUGAGAGAGGGAUCCGUCUCUGGGACAGACUGUUGCGGGAGGAUAUAUGAUAAACUACCCGGUGGCAUUGCCGACUGACCUUCAUGCAGGCCCCAGCUACAAAACUACA